AUGAGUGAUCUCUUCCCACCACCACCGGAGAAGAACCAGAUUCCGACUCUCAACUUCACCGGUCUAGAAAUUUUCUCAGCGUUAGGACGUGGCUCUAAAGGAGUUGUGUUCUUAGUCAAAUCCGAAAACAAAUGGCUUGCUUUAAAAGUCAUACUAAAAGAAUCAAUCGAGAAGAACAAUCGCGUGAGUUUCGAGCAACAAGUCUUGUCUCGAUUCGACCAUCCUCUGUUUCCUAGUCUCCAUGGUGUUUUAAAGACAGAUAAAGUUGUCGGUUACGCAAUCGAUUACUGUCCUGGUCGAGAUCUUAAUUCUUUAAGGAAGAAACAGAGUGAAGGAAUGUUCUCCGAUGAGAUCAUCAGAUUUUAUGCAGCGGAACUUGUGAUUGCGCUUGAGUAUUUGCAUAAUCAAGGAAUCGUAUACAGAGAUUUGAAACCAGACAAUGUAAUGAUUCAAGAAAAUGGUCAUUUAAUGCUUGUUGAUUUCGAUCUCUCCACGAACCUUCCUCCGAGAACACCGUCACAACUUUCUCCGGCGACGUCGACGGCGACGGAAAAGAAAAAGGAACGGUUUUUUCUAUUCUCCGGUCUCUGUAACUCAGGAAUCUCACCGGACGAAUCGGUUUCGACCGAGAUGGAAUCAGACUCAGGAGAAAAGUCGAACUCGUUCGUCGGAACUGAAGAAUACGUUGCGCCGGAGGUAAUCACCGGAAGUGGCCAUGACUUCGCCGUCGAUUGGUGGUCGUUUGGAGUGGUUUUGUACGAGAUGUUGUACGGAACGACGCCGUUUAAAGGAUCGAAUAGGAAAGAGACGUUCUUUAAGAUACUCACUAAACCGCCGUGUUUAGUUGGUGAAACGACGUCGUUAAGAGGAUUAAUUAGAAAUUUGUUGGAGAAAGAUCCUAACCGUAGGAUUAAUGUGGAAGGAAUCAAGGGACACGAUUUCUUCAGUGGGUUAGAUUGGGAUCUUGUGAUUAACGUAUCACGACCACCGUAUAUCCCGUCGCCAGAGGAUUAUGAAAUUUGGAAAAUCGACGUUGAGAAUUUCGUCCAUGAAAUAUUUGCUAAAUAUGAUGGUGAUAAUAACCAUAGUAGUAAUAUUAAAGGUAAAGAUCAGAUUAAUUACACUCUGGUAGGUAGUAGUAAUUUUUUGGAUUUUUGA